GUGAAUGAAGGAAAUGUUCUCUCCACUCUUGAGAGGCUUUCCGGUGAGAACGUUCGCUCUCUGAGGAAUCGGAGGUGAUGCGUCGCAGAUGUGGCUGGAUGUGAUCCUCCGCCGGGACGCGUGACCGGCGUGAUGCGCAUCGGAUGAACCGCACUCAACGAGCCGUGUCGGGUGCUCGGAGAUACGAGCAGGAUGUCUCGGAUGAUGCGCAGGAGGUGCGAAUCGCUUUGCUCCUCCUCGACAGACUAUUUCUGAUUUUUUUUUUUUUUAAGUGAAGGGGACUUUAACCGGAAGCCAAACUUUUUUUGUUCAAACUUUUUUUUUUCACAACUGAAAAAGGAGAAAAAAAAGAGACACGACCCCUUGGUGUCAUAGAUUGUCCGGUUCCUUGUUUUCGCCCGCUUUCGGAGAUGUGUCAGUUGCCGACCAACAGGGGAGAAGUGAACUGUUUCUGGCGAGGAUAAAGGCGACGUCGAGGGGUUGCUUUGCGGGGAUAGUCGCUCACAUAACGGAUCUUUGGACCUUUUUAUCAUGGAAGAUGGUGCAAAAGAGGAGCCAGCUCGAAAGAAAGAGCCAAAGUUUGUGGGUAAGGCUGGCUGGGUGAAGAAGGCCCCCGGCAGGCUGUUGGCAAGCUAUAAGGACCGCUACGUCCAUGUGGAGAGGACGGAGAUUGCCGUGUAUGAAAAUGAGGACCUGCAGAACUGCUUAGAGAGGCUCAACCUGGAAAACUAUGAAAAGUGUCAUGAAUUAAAAAGUCCGUUCAAGAAGAAGCACAGACUGGUGCUGAUUCGAUCCCCCAGGCCUGGAAACAAGGUCCACGACGUGAAGUUCCAAGCUCAGACUGCAGAGGAGAAGGAGGCCUGGAUCAAGGCCCUGACUGAUGGCAUCAACCGGGCGAAGAACAAAGUCUUUGACGAGGUGACGAUUGAUGACAGCAUUAAUUUAGAGCACGUUACUCGAACGAGGCCCAAAGGGAACCGGAACCGGCGGCCACCGACCAGGAUGCACAUGAAAGAGGUAGCCGAUGUGUCGUCUGAUGGUAUCCUGCGCUUGGAUCUCAACCUUGAGGAUGCGGUAAUGCCUAAUGGGACCUGCAGUGCCACUGUUGAUGGCAGUAAAACCGCCAAAGGCAGUGAGUCUGCUGACAAGCAGACUGUGGCAAGCACCGAGGAGGCGGCCAGUCCCCAGAAAAAGGUCCUCAAACCUCCCAUGCCCCCCAUCAAAGAGGCAAAAUCCUGUUUAACACCUGAGGCCAAACCUGACAAGGAUGAUGGCCCAGAGAAAAAGGUCCUGAAUCCACCAAUGCCUCCAUCAAACAAAGCCAAGCCGUGUGCUUCACCUCUUAGCGAUGCCACAGAAGAGGUCAAAGCUGAGAAUGUGUCUGAAAAGAGUCCCGAUGCCAGCAAAACAAAUAGUCCACCGCCAACCCCUCCCAUCAAACCUACAGCCAGUGGAGAGGACUCUCAGUCCAGCCGAAGCUCCCAGCCCCCCACCCCUCCCUCCAAAGAGAACCAACCCUCCAAUCCUGCCGUGGAGCCAGACAAAGGCAAGAAUUUGAAGAAGGAAGAAGACGGUCAGGAGGAGGCAGCGGGAACAUCUGUAGGAAUAGAUGAAGGAGAUCAGGCGAGAUCCAAAGGAGCUUCACCUACUGCCGAGGAUGAAAAACCAGAGAGUCCACACUUUUCUGAAGAGGAACCAGAAGAGGCUGCUGGUAGUGACUCAAGCAAAGCGUCUGACAAUGAGCCACAAAUUCCCACAGAGCCUCUCGGGAAGAGCCCAAGUCUUCCCAUGGUCCUCAAGAAGAAGCCUGAGAAACCCGCGGAGCCCGACGCACAAAACACGGGCGAGAACGCAACUACGACGCAGAUGAAUGAGGGACGUGACCCUACUGCGUCACCGCCGACGGCCUCGGAUACCUCAGCCUCUCCUCCCCCAGCUGAGAAGGCACUACCCAAGAGCGAAGCCCCCGCAGUCGUCGUCUCUUUGAACGACUCGGCCAGCCUGAGUCCGCUGCUCUGUCCCUCGCCCGAGGAGAAGAAAAAGCAGGCGGAGGAGAAAUCUGUCGACAGCGGUCAGCAUUCAGACGACGACAGCGAGGGAUCUGGGAGGGAAGAGACGCUGGCGGCCCCCGCGGCUGCGUUAGGAGGUAGCCGCAAAAGUCUGGAUGUGUUUGACGCCAGCAAGGAUGAAAUCCCCAUCCCCAUCAGAUUGAUGCCGACAAAGACCCCGCCUCGGGUCAGACCAAGGGUCCUCCCCGCCCGGGGACCGGGGCCCUCUCUGCCUCUCAAGCCCUCAGACAAGGCCAAAUCGGCUUCCAUCGGAGACCUGCUAUCCGAGCCGUCAGUGGGUGUUCAGGCGAGACAGAAUACCACGGAAGUGGGCGCCGGCAACGGGGCCCCCAGUCCCGACUUCGUGAAACUGGAGACGGAGGUGGCGGCGGAGAUGAAGAACACGAGGGAGCUCAUGAGCAAGGUGUCCUGGUCGCAGAGUGGAGGGGACAGUGAGGACACGACAGAGGAUCUGCUGGCCAGGGCCAUGGAGAAGCUGGAGAAGGCCGACCAUGUCCUGAGAGAAGUGAAUAAACUGAAAAUUUCAAACAACGCGAGCCACAGGAAGAGCUGGUGAACGUCAGUCGCAGCGGAUUGAAUUGAGCUGUUUGUUUAACCCCUCCUCCGAACACGCAUUGUUUGGAGAUAGCUUAGCAACCUUUAAUAAGCGCAGCAAGCCUGUCGAGCUUUGGAUUUCUCCACACAGUGGAUGAUAUGCAUGAGGCUGAAGUCAAAUUGGUAUUCGGUACUGCCUUCCCAAACCUCAAAACAGAACAAAUGUGUAAAAAAACUGAUUCUAAAGGUUGUUUUCCCGCUCGAAUGUAAGCUGCAAUCCAUCAGUACAUCCACAAUGUACAACCUCUCUCAGAGAGACCCCCCCUUUGGCCAACAACCUGACCUGUGACACUUUGAAUGUCUUUCACAAAGCCCUUUUGACUCAACGCCUUAGUGUUAGAGGUUAUGGGUUUGAUAAAAAGAAGCAUCAUUCACAUCCACAAUGUACUAUUACUCCACUGUGUCAAGGCGGGACUGGACAAUAUCAGAGAUUAGAUUAAUGUUAGAGGCUUUCUAGAGUGUUCAUCCUAAUAGCCCUUUUCAUGUAUUGUUAAAAUUGAUAAAUACAAAUAUGUGAAAUUCAACAAGUUAACAGAAGGCUGACUAAGCCUGUGGCCGCCAACGGAAAGCUGAUAAUGUGCGUUUUACAUCCACCAGAGUACGACUAUGGUGAAACUAUGGCAGGAAAUUGUAAGUGACCAAGACAAGAUUCUGGAGCAGAGUAAAAAGAAUGAUUUAAGUGAAACCGAUUCAAAUAGGGAGAAGAGGGAUUUAAAUGAAAUCCUUUUGUCUGAUAGGACCACUAAACAUAGCUACAGAGGACUGUUGCUCCACUCACACACCUCUUUUGUAGAUGGACGUUGCAUUAAAGAGGAGAAAUCUGUAUGUGACAUAUCACUGGUGGAAUUUGGUAAGCACUAUCUUAUAUAAGCAUACUCUACUCUUGUGUUGCAGGAGGAAAAGAUGAGUGAAUUUGGAUACAAAAAUAUGAUUAGCUUUCUCUUACCACCAGGGGGGGGGCGGGGG